CCACGGACGUUCUGUUGUGACGUUUACAAUUUUUUCUCGGUCUCGCUGUCAAAACCGUUUCCACCGCUGUCGGCGGCGUGUUCGUGGUGUGAAAAAUCGUAAAAAAUUUCGAUUGUUUUACGGGCGACACGUAGCCAUUAACACCUAGCAGUCCUUGCGAUGUCUUCGCACCGAUUAACGGUCAUUUGUUCAGUGAAAACCCCAUAAAAAUCCACCGCCACCCGGAAGUAGAUUGAAACCAGCUGUUUUUGACAAGUCAAGCAAUAGGGGCAAACCCCUCAGGAACGGUUUUUUUGAAUUAAAAACCCCCGGAAAAUGAUGUGGCUUAAGGUCAGUACCAGUUUGCUAUGCGUCUUAAGUAUCGUGCUAUCGGUACAGGGAGGUUUACUGGAAGGCAUCUAUUGUGGAAAAGAGAACUGCUAUGAUGUCUUACAAGUGACCAGGGAGGCUACCAAGAGUGAAAUAGCCAGGAGCUACAGGAGGCUGGCCAAGCAGUACCAUCCAGACUUAAGGAGGGACAAAGAGUCUAAAGAAGAGGCUGAGGAACUGUUCAAAUCCCUGGCCAAUGCUUAUGAGAUAUUGAGAGAUGAUGAGAGCAGAACUGAUUAUGACUACAUGUUAGAUAACCCUGAUGAGUACUAUGCCCAUUAUUACAGAUAUUACAGGCGUAGGGUGGCCCCCAAAGUAGAUGCCAGAAUAGUCAUAAUAUUCACCAUAACAAUAAUCUCUGUUGUACAGUAUUACUCUGCCAAGCAGAGGUAUGACAAUGCAAUAACAUACUUCAGUACAGUGCCAAAAUAUAGAAACAGGGCUCAAGAUAUUGCUAAGCAAGAGGGCCUACUGCCAGACAAUAAUAAAAGGGGGGGCAAAAAGCACAAAGUUUCCAAAGAAGAAGUGGAACAGGUCAUCAGGAAAGUGAUUGAGGACAAAAUGGACAUCAAAGGGGCCUAUGCCAAGCCCCAGAUCUGGGAUGUGAUCUGGUUCCAAUUGAUUUUCUUGCCCUACACCUUGUCCAAGUACCUCUACUGGUUAGGCUCUUGGUACUGGCGCCACAAUUAUAAAAAUGAACCAUUUAAUGAGGAGGAGAAACUGUAUUUGGUGAGGAAAUACAUGAAAAUGGGCCAGCACCAGUUUGACUCCCAAGAGGAUGACAGGAAACAAGAGUUUCUUGACAGGGAGUUAUGGAUCAGGGAGAAUUUUGAUGAAUGGACCAAGGAACAGGAGGAAAUCACCAAGAAACAGUUGGCAGAGAACAACCGGUACAAGCAGUACAGGAGGUACCUCAAGCAACAUGGAGUGAGCAGGAUGACCUUUGAUGAUUCCUGAAAACUAAUGUGCACAAAUUUAAAAUGCAGGGUGUAGAAUUAUUUUUGUAUAAAUUGCCUUGUUGAGGGGCUUAGUUUUAAGUAGGUAUUUAUUUUAAUAAAUUGUUUCUUGGAAUUUCGUACUAAAAAAAUGACAAAUUUACGUGUAAAAUUAGCAAGAAUCUGAAAUAGUUAUUGUUAUUGUCAAAUCAUUUUAAGCAUACAGUGUUGAAUAAAAAUGUAUUUCCUUUUUUA